AUGACUAAAGAUCGAUUGCCUGCUUUGCACGCUCUAAGAUAUCAACAGGAUAAAUAUAAAAAACUAGAAAAUAUUCGUGUCCUGUUUACAAAAAUAAAGUGUCGGGCUCGAAAUGUGGAAGACAGCAAUCCAGAUGGUGCAUAUGUUACUCUUAAUAUUGACGAUACUAAUCGACUUAUGUCCGAUUUUUUUUCUCGUAUUGAUUCAUUACGUACAAAUAUUAAUAAAAUAAGUGAACUUGUUGAUGAAGUUAAAUGUCUUGAUCCAACAAUGUCAAUUGCAGCCCAAGCUAAUAAUCGAGCCAAAGAAGAACUUGAAGAAAAAAUGACUCAUAUCAGAAAAAUAGCCAAUGAUGUUCGACUAAAAUUGCGAGCUGAACGAUCUAUGACUAAACAAGAAGUUGAAGAAAUGCUUGAAUCUGAAAAUUCAGUUGUAUUUACGGAAGACAUGGUGAUUGAAACAGCAGAAGAUAAACAAUCUCUUGCUGAUAUUGAAGCACGUCAUAGUGAUAUUAUGAAAUUAGAAAAAGAUGUUAGAGAAUUACAUGAUAUAUUUAUUGAUAUGGCGGAGCUCGUUGGGACACAAGAUGAAAUGUUUAAUCAAAUUGAAUAUAAUGUUGUACAAACCGAAGAUUUUAUGGGAGGAGCGAAUGAUCGUAUUGUAGGCACUGUUUUAAUCACACAUGCAAGUCGAUGGGUAAGUUUUAAUAACAAUAAAAAAUAA